AUGGCAAGGCCAAAAUUUGGGAACAAGACCAAGAUGGCUGCGGCGGCAUUGAUGAGUUGCUUGCUGGCGGCGGCGGCAUUCAUGAGUUGCUUGCCGUUUUGGGUUGCAAGGUUUGGGCCUCAGACAUGGCAGAAGUGGCGGAAAAGCUCGAGCAGCUGGAGAUGGUCAUGGGCUUUGCUCAAGAAGAUGGGAUUUCUCAGCUUUCUGAUACAGUCCACUACAACCCAUCUGAUCUCUCUGGCUAGGUUCAGAGCAUGCUCUCUGAGUUCAAUACGGUUGACAGGUCAACAAUCGACGACCCGCUUUUUGUUGCAGCUGAUUCUUCCUCAAUCACCUCCAUACAUUUCUCAAAUUCCCACCAGAGGCACCAAGGGCAAUUCGCUCACCAGGCUUAAAGAAGAAGAAUCUAGCGGAGAGAAAGAAGAAGAAGAAAAGAAAGGGAGGAAAGAAGAAGAAGAAAGAAAGAGAGAAGGGAAAGAAAUAAAAAAAAAAUAUUUUAUAAUUUUGGAUUGA